GGUGGGUCAAAUACAGGAAAUGCGAUAUUUAACAACACAUCUGAAUGUUUGUACGCCUUCUCUCUUCCUCAUCUUUUUUCUACGUUGUCCUCCCACAGUUACAGCUCAAUUCUUCAAGAUAAAUUGUAUUGUAGCUGCUCGGUUAUCUCAGUGUUGUCACUGGUCGCUUUCUGAGCUUGUGCUGUUCGGCAGUCAACUCCCUUCCUGUAAAAGUCCUUAACUAGUUGUUUUUUGCACUCCAAUCAAAUGGCCUAUCCAGGAUAUGGAGCUCCGGGCGGUGGAUUCCCAGGAAUGCCCCCUCAGCAACAAGAUCCUCUGUAUGGAUACUUCUCCCAGGUGGCUGGACAGGAUGGGCAGAUCUCAGCGGAUGAGCUGCAGCGCUGCCUCACGCAGUCCGGCAUGUCUGGAUCAUACCAACCUUUCAGCCUGGAAUCCUGCCGACUGAUGAUUAACAUGCUGGAUAGGGACAUGUCUGGAACGAUGGGCUUUAAUGAGUUCAAGGAUCUGUGCCAGGCCCUGAACGGCUGGAAAGCCACCUUUUCAUCCUUCGAUCGGGACCACAGCGGCACAGUGGAGGGCCAUGAGCUGCAGCAGGCCAUCACUACCAUGGGCUACAAUCUAAGCCCUCAGGCCAUGAACUGCAUCAUGAAGCGCUACAGCAACCAUGGCAGGAUUCCUUUUGAUGAGUUUGUGAGCUGCUGUGUGAGACUCCGAGCUCUGACUGAUCAAUUCCGAAGGAGGGAUACGUCCCACAGUGGAAAUGCCUCUUUUCAGUACGAUGACUUUAUCCAGGUCACCAUGAGCGUCUGAAAAAGACACAUUUUUCCUGUGAGGACCUGCUGACCUUCUAACAUUUUUAUAUCAUUUACUUUUUCUUGAAUUGUUUUUUGUAAAAAAAAAACAAAAAAAACAGGGUCCAAAUAUCACUGUUUAUUCCAACUGGACAAUUUUAAAGCCAUUUUUAGCCUAAUGAGAAAUGUACUAAGAUCCAUAGCAUGGAAGUACUUGCAGUCUUAACACAGUAAUCGCUCUCGCUGUUUGCUUUCUACCACAUCAUGUUAUCCCUUGCUUACCAUUAUGAAAUUAAUAAAACAUUAUGAAGUCUGA